AUCUCUUUCUCCACAUCAGUAUGAUCCCGAGCUUUCGUCACGGCAGUUUGGGGUUGAGCUCUCCCGACUGACCAAUGAGGAGCGAGCGGUGCCACUGGUGGUGGAGAAGCUCAUAAACUACAUUGAAAUGCAUGGAUUGUACACCGAGGGCAUUUACAGGAAGUCAGGCUCAACCAGUAAGAUAAAGGAGCUCCGACAGGGUCUUGAUACAGAUAUUGACAAUGUGAAUCUAGAUGACUACAAUAUUCAUGUCAUUGCCAGUGUGUUCAAACAGUGGCUGAGAGAUUUGCCCAAUCCCCUCAUGACCUUCGAACUCUACGAGGAAUUUCUGCAAGCUAUGGGCCUGCAGGAGAGGAAGGAGACCAUCCGAGGCGUGUACUCUGUCAUUAAUCAGCUCUCUCGCACCCACCUCAGUACCCUGGAACGCCUCAUCUUUCACCUUGUGAGGAUUGCCCUGCAGGAAGAGACCAAUCGAAUGUCAGCUAAUGCCCUGGCCAUUGUGUUUGCUCCCUGUAUUCUCCGCUGUCCUGACACAACUGACCCACUGCAGAGCGUUCAGGACAUCAGUAAAACAAUCACCUGUGUGGAGUUGAUUGUCGUAGAGCAGAUGAAUAAAUACAGGGCUCGUCUCAAGGACAUCAACAGCCUGGAGUUUGCUGAGAACAAAGCAAAAAGCAGGCCGUCUUUGAUCCGCAGAUCAAUGACGCAGGAAACUUUUCAUCAAUUUGGAUCUCUGAUUGGAGCAAUAGCACCAUACAGCUGUGAUUCACUGGCCACGUCUCGUCAGUGGGUGUUUGACUGUAUCAGCUGCCUUCUCUGUAUACAAGGCCAGCCCAUGAACCUGGGGUCAGCGGAAGAGGAGCUGAGAUGUCUCCGUGAAGAACUAACAGCAGCUCCGGACCCCGAGGCUCUGUUUCAGGCAUCUUCCAAAAUGGCCAGGGUUGUUAGUGAGUACUUUCCCCCAGAACAGGCCACAGCCUUUAUUGAGGCCACAGUGGAAAGUAUGCUGUCUGCCAGCCCCACCUGUGCCACGGCAGCUGGACUGUGGAUGAAGGUUAUACUGAAGGAGUGUGGAGAUGCCAUGCUUGAUAAGGUGCCAGCUAUUGUGGAUAUAAUAUAUAGCCACAUGGCUACUAUCCAGGAGGGCAGCUUGAGGCAAUUCCUGCUGGAGGCAGUGUCUAUUUUAGCUCACCAUCACCUAGAGGCAGUGAUCUCCAGCCUACUCAGCAACCAUCUGCCAAUGGACAGUGCCACCAGUGAGCUGUGGAGAUCUCUAGGGGGAGAGCCCUUGCUUGCCACUCAAGUCUUACAGGUCCUAAUAUAAAAAAUAAAGACGUCAACAAGCCAAGAAGGCAGCAUCACCUCAGAGACUGAAACUGACAGGCAUUUGGCAGCUGCUGAACCUCUCUCAGUAAGUUAGAUGACAGACACGCCUUUCAGGCUUUCCUCUGCCCUGUGACAAUCCUGCUUGAUGGAAAGCUAGAAGUGUGGUAGAAUAUUGUUGUGUGGGCACUUCUCCUCUGAUGUACUGUUUCCCUGAGUCCAGCUCUGCUGUCUGUGGAACAAAUACGGCAGGUUUAGAGUACGUGGCUCAUUUACUUAAUAACAUCUGGCAAAUUAUGUUACCAAUGUUAGGGUUAGGGUUAGGGUUAUGUUACCAAUGACUCACCAGCAUAAGGCCACACCAGGGAAAUUGCUCAGCCCUGCCUGGAGACUCAGCAAUGCUCCCUGACAUGCCUGGACUUGUGCUUUCCAAACACAUGGACUGAGGGUAUAAAACCGAACA